GGGUGACGCAAUGAGCAGCGAAUGCUUCCCUUCUUGCGGGUAGGCAUAUGUCAGCGCGCGCGUCACCCGCCACGAGUUCCGGGGGCGCCUUGGAUACGGCGGCCGAGACUGCCGCGGCUACCGACGGCUAUAAAUCGCCUCAGGGUCCCGGCACCGGCCAUGGUGGCGAGGAUGGCGACGGACGGCGGAGCUGAGAACCCAGCCCGUGAUCCGGCUUCCAACCCCAAGGUGGUCAUGAUUCGAGGACUCGUGAACGACGAUGCAACAGAUGGCUGGGAAAAAUGCUGGGAGGAAGGACUGACCCCAUGGGAUUUGGGACAGGCAACACCUGCAGUUUUGCAACUUGUUAGAACUGGGUCUCUUCCAAGAGGCAGGGUUCUUGUUCCUGGAUGUGGCAGUGGGUAUGAUGUGGUUGCUAUUGCUGGCCCUGAGCGCUAUGUUGUAGGCUUGGAUAUAUCAACUAGUGCUGUUGAGAAAGCAAAAGAGUUGUCUUCCUUUUUACCAAAUGCAAACCAGUUCACCUUCAUGGCAGCAGAUUUCUUCACUUGGCAGCCAACAGAGAAGUUUGAUCUUAUCUUUGAUUAUACAUUCUUUUGUGCAAUUGACCCAUGCUUGAGGCCAGCCUGGGCACAGAAAAUUCAAGAGAUUUUAAAACCUGACGGAGAGCUUAUAACACUGAUAUAUCUGAACAUACAGAAUAGCAGCAUGGCAAAGCCAUACAAGGCAAACUCCAAGACACUAGAACAAAGCUGAAUCUUCAUGAUCCAGCUUAAUUAAUUAGUGAGGAUGGAACCUGAGGAAUCUUACACCAGACAUCAACCAUCCUCCAGAUCUCAGAUGCCAAAAGACAAUUAAAGUGAAUGUCUAUUGGGUUUAAGAGGAGCUGCAAAUUUUGAUCAAGAGCAUCACAUAGCAAUUUUUGGUUUCAAAUGCAAGCCAAAUUAAGAUAUUAGACAUUGGAGGAUCUCCCUAAAUAAUUAAAUGUAAAAGGCUGAAGAGCAGUCCGAUAUUUGAAGAAAUGGAAAAGAAGAUAGAGGGAGAUGUUCUAAGUUGCAUUUUAUAAUCCUCUACUAAAGAAUGAGUUUUAAGUUUAUGGCUGUAUGUUGUUUAGCUCCACAAAGUUUAUGGUAUUAUCUGCAAAAUGAAGAGAGUAAAUUUUCGAGCAUAUGGAACAAUAAUUCAACAAUAACUCUAGGAGUAAAUAUUCCUAGAAUUUAUUAUUAGGUUCUACAUUCCUAUCUCUACAUAACCAAUUAGUUUUGACUGUGGCAGAAGUUAAUGCUCAAAUUAAAACAUCUAUUGUUGCUUGUCUGUAAUCUUGAAGUAAGUACAAAAAUUGUAAAUUCUUAUUGUUUUCAUUUGAAAUUGACAUGCAUUGAUCACGAAGUUGAUCUUGGUAAUAGAAGGUUAUUAAAUGAAAGCUUCUUAAGGUGUGAUGAAUCUGGGAUGAAGGUGAAAGCAAAGCUAGUAUGUUAUCCCUAUUUUUAAAAUGUUAUUAUAUUUUUAAUAAUCUAUUUUACGAUAUUGUAGAUGAUAUUUUAAAAUAUAGUAUAAUAAUUUUCUUUUGUUAACUUUACUAUCAUGGAGUGGGAUUUAAGACCAUGAUAUCUAUUAACU